AUGGACCUCUCAAACGACCUCGCCCGACUUGGGCUUGUGGACCAGCCUCACCCUUUCCUCGCCUCUCGUCUCCCUGUCGACGCUUGUCAGCACAUCUGCGACGCCGUGCGAUGCCUACCGCCCGCCGUCGCGACUUCGACGCUCUAUGCCCUCUCCCUCGUCUCCAAGACUUGGUCUUCGGCCGCCCAAUCCGCCCUUCACCACACCCCUUUUCUCAACUUCGAUGCCCCCGACACCGCCCCUCCACGCACCUUUGCCCGGCUCAAAGCUCUCCUCCACACGCUCGAAACGCGCGACAAUCUCGCUCGCUCUGUUCGAGAGCUCGACAUCGGACGAUGGACAGCACGAUGUAGCAGCGAAGCGAAUGUCGACCGACGACGCAUCUCUACCAUCGCUGUCAAGAUCGUCGCCGCAUGUCCAGCCCUCAAGGUCUUGUCACUGCCCUUCGUCGUUCAGGCCGACAAGAAGGACCUCGUUGUCGCGCUCAGGGGCCUUUCACAGCUCGAGCACUUCACGUUUGACGAGAAUGCGGCGACAGCAGAUCCAUGGAUUAUCAACAUCGACGUAUCCAUCAAGGAGGAAUGGGGCAAAGCGAUUUGGACGAUCGCCGACUUGGCCGCACUCGCUCCGUCGUGGCCACGCAUCAAGGUCCUCGCGCUACAUUCAGCAGUGCACAGCGGCGAAGGCGACAGUGUCGUGGAUUGGCAACUCGAGGAGUUCACGCUCUACUUCCAACAGAACGUCAAGCUCGACUUUACCUACCUCGACCGACUUCUUCACGGCAGUCGAGGUUCCCUCCGCCGCCUCAACAUUCAGGAACAUCGUCUGGAACCCGGGGUGCUCGCACGGUUCCUCGAAGAGUAUGGCGGGAGUCUCGACACGCUCACUACGUUCACAUCCGACUAUUUCACCGUUGACGAAUCCCUUCCGCUCGCUAUCGCCACGGGUUGCCCGAACCUCUCCGUCCUCUUCCUCAAGACCCCCAUACCUGACCUUGCCGACGCUCUUUCCAAGUUCUCGCGACUCCGACACCUACACAGCGUCCUCCUUCAAACUGUCUGGGCGACCAGACUUGACCGGGAUCAAGUCGUCGACACUCUUCGCUCCUUUCGCUCGCUCAAGCGCUUGGGCAUCUCGCCGGGCGCCCACGACGUUCCGAACUACAACCCGGGGCUGCUCUACCUCCCUGCACAGUACCUUUUCGACACGUUUUGCGCCGCAAUCAACGACAUCGGAGACGCAGUGCGGGAGGAAGGGAUCAAUGUGCGCGAGCUGCGGUCUUGGGACGGACGACCUGGGUUCAAGCCGAUCUGA